AUCGAAUCCUUCCCUUGUAAAAACGAUGUCAACACCUUUGUUGACCACUUUUGGCAAUACAAUCAUAUCGACGUCAUCAUUGACUAUUACUGCGUCACUGUUAUCGUCGCCAUUUCCUUUAACUGCCACGAACGUUCCAUCGUCCCCAUCAUCAACAACCUCGUCAUCAUCACGUUCUGACGGAAUUAAUUCAUCCCCCGCAUCGUCACCGUUAGACUCAAGUGAUUCUAGUGUGGCUAUAGCAUCAUCCUCGAGUGAGCCUUCUAUAAAUGUUUUGUUAACGUCGGGAUCAUUGCCACUGGACGGCCUUCCUUCAAUUUCACCAGCUCCAACGACAUCUUCCACCCUCUCAUCCCCGUCCUCUCCGACCCAAGCAGCACCAGAUACUCAAGGUAUGAAUGUCGCAUUGCCUGAUUUCUCUGCAAUUAUUAAGUGGUAAUUAACUGUUUGCUUGAUCUCGCUUGCUCACAAAACCUGAUCACAUAAAUCAAGUUUGUGAGAGUGCAGAAGAUUUUUUUAGCCACUCUGUGUCCGGCUCGAAGAUUUUGCUUGUAAUGUCUCGCACAAAUCAAGCUUAUCCCCCAACCUAAGAAAAAUACGAUGGAUUGGGAUUUAAAAUCAGCUAAUGGAAAGGGUAUAUCUUUCUUGACAAUUUUAAACACAUUGAGCUUUUCCAUGGGCUACGUGAAAUGAUAUUUCUGAAAUCUAGUAACAACCCCCUCCUCAUUUGCUCAGUACAAAACCAACUAUAAUUUUAACCUUACAUAAAAUGUAAGAGGAAAUGAAGUUUCAACUUAAGGAGAGAACACAUUAGGUCCCACGGUAUAGGAAACGUAUACUAAAAUAAUAACUUGAUGCCCACUCCAGAAGGAGUAAUCGGAUCAAUGCAUUCCUACAGUACAGCAGUUGAGUUAAAACUCGGUAGUUGCCUUGCCAACCUUUCAUCUCUACUCACUUUCGAUCAUGCAUUCUCUACUCAACCACCGGCCAUGAUAGGUACCCAUUCUAUUGCACCAAAAUUUGACUCUCGCUUUAUACUUUUUUCAUUUUCUGCUUAACAAUAUAAAAUUCAGAGAUUGAUCUUCUACCCUUUGUGUUCUAAGGUGCCUCAAAGGAUAAUACCAGAAUCAUUGUGGGAGUAGUGUUAGGAUGUCUGCUACUGUUGCUUCUCGUCGUUAUUGCGCUUGUUUGGUUUCUUAAAAUACGAAAGAGGGGUGUUGGUGAUAUCACUUCAUUUGACAAGGAACUCACCGUGUUGUCGUAG